GAAGUGAAAGAGUGAAAAAAUGAAAGCCACUUUGCCGCUACUUGUCCUGUGCUCACUAAAAAUAAUAACUAUUAAAGCUCAGUACAAUUGUGUGAGUCCAGAGAAUUAUUAUGGCCAGUGCGUUGCCUUCAAUUAUUGCCCACAGGUGGUGAAUGCUCAGAGAGCGCGCAAUCAGCAAUAUGUGGCAGCUGCACAACGAGCGUGUGGUGGCAAAUCGUUUUGUUGCGCACAACCACAGCAGCGUCCACGCCCAGUCUCUCAACGACCGACCAGCCCUUUCGCAGUGCAACCCCAACAAAGUCGACGUGUGCCUGCACCAAACACGCUACAAGUGCGGCGAUCUGUUGCAGCACAACCUCAACAACAACCACCACAACAACAACCGCAGCAACAGCGAAUAAUACGUCAACAGCCAGGAAUUGAUUUUCGCUACAUUUUCGGUGGGAAUGAAUAUAGCCAAGCUCCAUCAGCUUUUGUGGACUUUAGAGCUGGACAAUUCUGUAAUACUCCCGAGAAUGUAGAAGGAGCUUGUGUGGAAAUCAACGAUUGCCAAGUGUUGUUGGGUCAGUUGUAUCAACGUUAUACAGAUCCUAAUUUCGUACAAUAUUUACGCGCUUCGAAUAGAAAUUGUGGCGGUAGCUCGCAUAGCGUCUGUUGCCCUGGUGGCGCAGAGUCUUCACGUCCGGCGCCAGCACCAGCACCAGCACCAGCACCCGCACCAAGUCCCGCACCCAGUCAAGCAAGCUCUGCCGGUACUUGUGGCGUUGUGUUGCGUACGUUUAAGAAGAUUGUUGGUGGUAAAGUGAGUGGCAAAAGUGAUUGGCCGUGGAUGGCUUUACUAGCCUAUCCGGACUUGGAUCCCAGCUCGCCAUUCAAAUGCGGCGGAACUUUAGUGUCCUCUCGACAUAUUGUUACGGCGGCGCAUUGUAUACGAAGCGAUUUAAGCUACGUUCGCCUUGGCGAAUACGAUCUGAGCACAGAUACAGAAACUCAGCAUCAGGAUAUAAGUGUACUGAAGCAAGAGAAACAUCCGAAUUAUAACACCGCUAAUGGACGUAAUGACAUCGGCGUAGUCUGGUUGCAACGUGCCGUACAAUUCACCAACAACAUUAAGCCCAUUUGCUUGCCCAGCUCACAGCGGUUGCGCAGCAAAUCCUAUCUAAAUUACACACCCUUCGUAGCGGGUUGGGGCAAAACCAUGGAAGGCGGUACCUCUGCGAAUGUGCUGCAGGAGCUGCAAGUACCAAUAUUGGCUAACGAAGUUUGUCGUGACAGUUAUCAGCGUGCGAAUCGUCUAAUCACCGCCGAUCAAUUCGACGCUGGUGUGAUAUGUGCAGGCGUGCUAUCAGGCGGUAAGGAUACUUGCCAAGGCGACUCGGGUGGACCACUGAUGAUACCGGAGACCGUUGGUAGCACCAUAAAAUUCUAUCUGAUUGGCGUCGUCUCGUACGGUGUGGGCUGUGCGCGUCCACAAAUUCCCGGCGUUUAUACGAGUGUACAGUAUUUUGUGGAUUGGAUUUUGGCGAAAAUUGCGACUUAG